AUGCAAGGGAUAAAGGACGUCAGCUGGCUGUCACGCGGCGACGCGAUCCAGCGGCUCGCGGCUGUACUUCCUGCGACUAUUGUUGUGCUUUGGGAGCACGACAAAGACGCCUACAAGACGGUCACCAGCUUCAAGUUUCACUUCUUCUUGUUCUUCCUGGCAGAUGUGCUCAAGGAGCUCAACGAACUGAACCAGAAGUUUCAGCGGCGGACGGUGGACAUCACCCGUGUGACCGCCAUGGUGCACAACACGGCAGGAAGGCUACGUGCUCGCUACAUUGAAUACGGCGUGAACUACGCCGAGGACAGUCACUUGCUGAGCCGCUUCCUGGAGGAGCAUGGCCCCACUUCCAAGAGGGAGGUUACGGUAUCAGGCACGGAUGGGGAAGGCAAUCCAGUCACCCACAAACUCGAUCUUCAUGAGGAAGCAAUCAAGGGUCAGAAGUCCAAGCGCGACAUGGAGUCUUGCAUCUCUGUCACUUCCCUGUUUGCGCAGGAAGUGGUAAAGCACCUCCUCAAGCGGAUGGAGAGCCUUGAUUCGCUCGUCGGCGCGAAGCUGUUUCUGCCUGACGCUUACCCCGAUGGCUCUGCGUAG